GUGUGAGUUCUUCUUAAGUGUGUUAUUUUCCACAUAAAAAGUCGUGUUCAACAUAAACUGUGGUUCUCCUAAUGGAGCAUAUUGAGGUUGAGGACAUUGAGAUUGUUAGUGAUAUUAGUGAGGGUUCUAGCAAUACUGACGAAUUGAUUAAGGGUGUCCGCAAUGGAAGUCUACCUCCUUUUGUGACAAAACUUUAUGAUAUGGUGAGUAACGAAGCAAUGGACUCCACGAUCUCAUGGGUUGGUGAUACACGUUUCGUUAUAUGGAAUGAACAAGACUUUAUCAUCAACCUCCUCCCCACGAUGUCAAAAAGUAAUAAUUUUGAUAGCUUUGUUACUCAACUCAACAAUUAUGGUUUCAAAAAGAUCUCUUGGGAUCGUCGUGAGUAUGCACAUGAAUCGUUUCAAAAAGGAAAACGACACUUACUAAAGAAUAUUAAAAGGAGAAGCAAAGGAAAUACAUCUAUGGCGGAUAAAAUGACAUGUGAAAUACAAAAACUUGAGUGUGAAUCAAAGGAACUUGAUCUUGAACUAAGUAAGUUCAAAGAAUACGUCGAUAAUACAUUGUCUGACCAAAAAAGAAUCGUUCAAGCGAUGGCAAACGCGAUCAAAUCAACAUUUGAUCAAUACCAUCAUGUACGUGGUGCACAUAUGAGUAAGGAGACAAAUAAUAACAACAAAGGCAAAGGUGCACAAAAUCUGAAAACGAGCGAGUUAGGCCAAUCGAGCUUUAGUCAAAGUUUGGUGAUUGAAGUGGAAGAUGAGGACAUAUAAAAAGUUUGGUUUACUACGAAAAAAAUUGGUUUAGAAUGAAUAUAUGGCGGUCGAGACCUUUUUAUUUUAGUAGAAAUAUUAAUGAAUGUUUUACUAGUUUUAUAUGUGGUUUAUAUAAAGUCUUAUCGCAUCACUUUGUUAAAAUCAAAUAAACUUUGGAUUUAUUGAUCCACUAGCAAUUUAAUAGCAUGGUUG